AUGGAAACGGGGCCGGGGCGGCCCUCGGAGCCCAAAGAUGAGCGCCUGGGGUACCAAAGCCUCCAGCCCGGCUCGCCGCCGGGAUCCAGGGAGCCCGACCCGUCGCCUCUGCUCACGGACGGGCACUACCCACCGGCUCUCGCCAAGCCGGAGCCCCCCCCAGCCUGUCUCUGCCCCACCCCGGGCUGCGAUGGGUGCCCGGGGGUGGGCUGCAGGGUGCCCAACCCCUUCGAGCCCGCGCUGGGCAUGCCCGGGGGGCGUUUCCCGUGCCCCCCCAGCAACCACACCAAGCUGAAGAAGACGUGGCUGACGCGGCACUCGGAGCAGUCGCUGCCUCGCCUCAAGGCUGCCCGGCGGGACGGGGGUCCCGAGCCCCCCGGGGAGGGCAAACGCUCGGCCAAACGCCCCCAUGGCACCGCCGAGGGACCCCGCGCUGCCAGCGAGGGCGCCGGGGCGGCCAAGAGGGGCACGAAGGCCACCGUGUGCCCUGGGGAGGGCACAGAGAGCCGAGGGGACCCCGAGGAGAGGAGGAUGGAGCUGGGAGAGGGAGAGCCGCUGAGCCGGCAGGAGCCGUGGUGCCUGCAGAGCCUGCCCUGCACUGCGCUGCCCCAGGGCAUCCCCCGCUGCUGUGCCUGUGCCCCCCGGGCCACGGGGGACCCCCAGGGAGAGGAGGAGGAGGAGGAGGAGCCCCCCGAGAGCACCUGCAGGCUGCUGCACUUCCGCAGGUUCGCCCUGGGGGACGACGGGGAGCUGAGCAUCGAUGGCCUCUGCACCCUGGGGGAGGCCGAGGGGGAGCUGCCGGAGGAACCCAGCCCCGAGCCGGGGGGCAGGAGUGUGGGGAGCAGCCUCUGCCUGGCCAAGUACCUCCUGGGGGUCCUGGGGGACCCCUUCUGCGACGCCGUCCGCAGGGACAGGGACACGUGGCCGGGAGCCCCCGGCGGGCCCGAGGGGGUGACGGCCUGGAGACGGGGGGAAGGAGCCCCCCAGCUCUGCGACGCCUGCCAGCGCGGCUUCUUCAACUCCCACUGGAGCUGCGCCAGAUGUGGCUUCCAGCUGUGCCCCGCCUGCCACCGCGGCAGGAGGGAGGCCGACGGCCCCGAGGGUCCAGCACAGCCGCCCGAGUGCACCCCCGGGCCAGACCACCCCGUCACAGCCCUGGUCCCCACGCAGUUCGUCCCCACCUGUGUCCUGACCAGGCUCUGGAAGCUUCUGCACGAGGUCAGGGCCAAGUUUGGCAUCGAGUCCCACUGUCCCUGCGGGGAAGGGGCUGCGGAGCAGAGCCCGGCCGAGCCCCCGGGCAGGCAGGAGCCGCCGGGGGCUGCGGUGCCCACCCUGCCACCCCCCAGCCACGGCCAAGCCGACACCUCCCGGCCCAUCAAGGAAGAGAGCCCCGAGGGGGGGCCGCCGUCGCCGGGGCAGCCCCCGGCGCGGGGGGCCGUGCAGACCACCACCCUGUGCGACCUGUUGGCCUCCACCGCCGUGAAGCUGUGCCUGGGGCAGGACGGGGUGCGCAUGGCCUUCGCCCCCGUGGUGCCCACCCUGCCCAGCGACAACCGCCUGACCAGCAUCCUGGACAGCAUCAUCGCCCACGUGGUGGAGAGGAAGAUCCAGGAGAGGCAGGCGGGGGGCGAGCUGAGCCCGCCCAGCCCCCCCGAGCCCCCCGUGUCCCACUGCGUCCUGGAGCCCAGCGGGCUGCUCUGGCUGCACGACCCCGGCCAUGCCAGCAACUACAAACUCUUCCAGGAGCACUGGCAGCAGGGCCAGCCCGUGCUGGUUUCAGGGCUGCAGAAGAGGCUGGAGGGGCGGCUCUGGGGGCCGGAGUCAUUCCGCCCACCCCGGGGGGAGCAGGAGGUGGAGGCAGUGAACCUGCGGGCGCCGGCGAGCCCCGUCCGCCUGAGCAGCCGGGACUUCUGGGAUGGCUUCGCUGCCAGCGAGGCAUCCCUGGAGCGGGAACAGGGCGCUGGGGACUUGCUGAAGCUGGAGAGUGGCUUUGGGGACAUGGAGCUGAGCCGGACCACCAACCUGCGUGCCAGCCUGCCCCUGCCCGAGUACUGCGGGGCCAGCGGCCGCCUCAACCUGGCCACCCACCUGCGGGGCCAGCGGGCUCGGCGCUGGCUGCGCCCACGCAUCUGUGCAGCCUAUGGUGUGCGCCCGCGGGACCGGAACGUCGGGACCAAAAACCUGGCGGUGGAAGCAGCCGAUUCCAUCAACAUCCUGGUUCACGCCGCGGCGGCACCGCGGGAGGUGCUCCUGCCCGGCGACACGGAUGACAUGGAUGCGGCGCUGAGGGAGCGGCUCAAGGACAGCGGCGGCCGGCCCGGGGCACUGUGGCACAUCUUCCGUGCCGAGGACGCCGCCCGGAUCCGGGAUUUCCUGAGGAAGGCAUCCGAGGAGCCGGGGCAGGAGGGGGCGGCCACGGGGGAGCCCCCCGGGCACUCCCUGGACCCCCCCGGGCGUUACUUGGACGCGGCGCUGAGGAGGCGGCUGCGGGAGGAGUGCGGGGUGAGCGGCUGGACCCUCCUCCAGUGCCUGGGGGACGCCGUGCUGGUCCCUGCGGGGGCUCCCCACCAGGUAGGCAGCCCCAAAUCCCCUCCAGGGGGGAACUGUGCCACCCCCCCAUGA